AUGAGACUUGCUAUGCUGUGUCUGUGUGGGGCGUCGCCGACAGAAGAGUCGACAUUUAUUGAUGUUAAAAGAGUAAUUGAGGAAUAUGCAUGGAACGAAUUUAAAUCCUCAAUGGGAGCCGUCUCGAAAACGUUUUUAAGACGUCGUGAUUUUAUAAUAGAAGUGCCCCUAAACUAUUAUCACACAGAGGACAUCGAACAGAGGUUUGUUCAACGGCAGCUUAAACCCGCGUCUUCCCGAAAUAUCAGCCAAAAACAAGAAAAUGUGUCAGAACUCAAAACUGAAUUUCGUAAUAAUACGGAUACAAAUCAGACAUACAAGUUUCGAUUCGAAAGAACGCGAAAAGCUGCAGUGAAUGUUACUUUUCAGAAAGGAUUUACUCUUGAUGGGAAAGCUCAUCUGACGCUUAAAUUGCCAAAAGACAAAGUUGACAGUAAGGCUGGCGAAGGGUUAAACAUGAGCCUCCAAGUGACCAAAGCGGAGGGAGAAAGUUUCGAAGACACUUUAGUAUUAGAGGCGACGAGCGAUAUUGCCGUAGAAAAGAAGCAUACGUAUAUAACUGGGGUAUCGUUAAAACAAAUUGAAAUCGCUUACGACUUCACGGUUGAGACGAUACUAAGAAUGCCAAGCCAUAGGGCACCCGUAACUAUAAAACGGAGACGCGGUGGUGACGUAGUUGCGUCGUUCUAUAUCAAUAAUUUAAGAGAUGUAUUCGAGGAGUAUUGUCCACCAGCAGAAAUAGUAGAAGAGACAUGUAGUGAUAGUAAAUAUAAACAAUAUGCUGUCAAAUUUUACACCUCAGGGAUUAUUGAAGGCGCACAAUUAUCAAAUCAAAAAAUUAUCCUUGAAUCGAAAAAAAUUGACAGUGAAGAUCGCUCCACAAACACAAUGGAUGUUCCACAAAUUGUAGUGAGACCGUCUGAUUUAGGUGAAAUAAGUGCUGCUAGUACGUCCGACCAGUCGGAGAAACAGCCCCUAUUACCACCUCCACCACCUCAAAAACCAACUACGAGUACAGAAAAACUACGAGAUCCACAAUCAGCGUCUGAACGUCGUUCUUCAUUUAAACGGUUUAAUCAAUUUGGGGAAAAUUACACAAGCUUAACUUCCGGUUCACCGGAGACAAAGAUCAUGCAGAUUCCUAUGAUACCAGCAAUUGCUAAAACUCCACCAACACCACGUUCAGCCUCACCUACUGUUCCUAGCUCAAUUCUCACUGAUCCUCAUCGGAAAGAACGGGUACUUGCUCCUAGACGUGUUGGUGUUCGUGCUAAGAGCCCACAUCGGUUACCCAAUCCAGGUUCAUUUCAAGGAACAAGUCUCCACCCAACGGCAAGACCCAAAUUGUCUAAGAUGACAAGUGUUUGA